GUCAGUUUGAAUAACCAACUUCCAAGUAUCCUUAUAGUUCACGAGGUUUCCCAUUUUUUCGAAGUAUAUCCCUGGAGUAGUAUUGAAUUCUCUUAUCGUCAAUUGCUGAGCUGGUGCGUUUUGGAUCUGGGUCGUCCCGAACCUUAGUGCGGUGAACCUGCAACAUGUGCAGUUUUGGCAUUGUAUGAAAGGUAAGUAGAGAAUUGUCAUUCAGCCUUUUGUGACGUAUAAGUUUUGUAGCUAUAUAAAGCGUGAAUUAGCUGUGGCUGCGCAUUAGACAGCAUUGAACAUGUGUCCAAGUAACACUUCCAAUUCAAGAUUGUCGGCGGAGGCUCCUUUCCCCACAGGGGUAAGGGUCCUGUCUGAGGCAGAGAGGACCGCCGACCUUUUGCGGAGGGCCGAGGUUGUGCUCUGGAAAAGGAUUGAGAGGGCGCUAACUAUUUCGUUGUCCGGACUCGAUUUCAUCAAUAUUCGCGAAAUGCGAAUGAGAAGGCGAGUCCGGGCGGAUCUCCGUUCCCUGGUGGACUGGCACUGGGGACAGGGGAGUGUAACGGAGCCAGACCUCUUCUGCCUCCGAAAGCUGUUCGGGGAGGAGGACUACGAACCAGAGAGUUGGUUCUAG